AAAUCUUCAACAAAUUCCCUCUUGGGAUUAACGGCCUCCAAUCUCAAGAAUUUCCCCUUUCCUUCCUCCUUCAAAUGCAUCAAGAACCCAACCCCAAUCUCCCAUGGGUUCCCCAACCUCAAACUUGAAUCACUACUUCUUCGUCUUCGUCUUCCUUUUCCUCUUCCUCUCCUCCCUUUCUUGCCCCAUUUCCUGCGAUCAAACCCUUGACCGACCCGAGAGCAGUCGACCCUCUGGAUACCGUGUGUUCUACGUCAAGAACGCCAGGCCGUUAUUCUUGAUCAACAGGCGACGCGAAGUAGUACUGGACAGCACCCGGAGGAGAACGGGGAGGAUGAUGAUCAAGCGGAAGAAAAACAACAAGGUCACCGGAGGUGAUGACUCCAGAAGUACUAGGCCGUUCACCGUCAUGCUUCCCAAGGGUUUCGUUCCUCCGUCUGGUUCGUCUCCUUGCCACAACGAGAAUCCCAACUCCGCCGUCACAUCUUACUGUGAACUCUCCAACUCAAAACCCUAGUGAGUCCGAUUCUUGCGGCGGGAAAUGCGUAAUAUCAGCUGAAGUGAUCAAUAUCAAUAUGGUUAGUCUACAAAUGGGUUUCUGUAGCCUUUACUUAGUUAAUUUCUAUAUUUCUUGAUCAAAGUCAAGAAUCAAGAUAUAUCUCAAGUGAUGGCAAAAUUAAGAGAUAUAGGAAAUUAAGGUUUUGGUUUGGUGUUGUUGUAUACUACAUAUUCUGAUUGGGGCACAUGAUAUAAAGUACUAUAUACUAU